UCGAACAGAGGGAGACAAUAAGCACGGAAGACACAUCGAUGUAAUAAAACGACAGCUGUAGUUAUAUAAUGUUAACAUGCGUAAUAUAAAAUGGAUGGAUGCGUUUGAUAAAUGAAGACAAUUACGACAUACUGCAAGUAAAAUUGGAUUUAACGGCAUCGCUCACGAUGACUGGCGGGGGACAAAGGAGCAAAUGUGACUACCGUUGGAUUAUUCUGUGUUUCUUUUUGCUUCAUCGUUUAGAAGACGAGGUUUCGGCUCAGAUAAGGUACUCUAUUCCAGAGGAGCGGAAAGAAGGACACAUUGUUGGUAACAUUGCGAAGGAUUUGGGGCUUGAUAUCAGUACUCUAGUGGAUAGACGGUUUCGUAUUGUUUCUGGAUCUAAGGAUGCGCUUUUCCAGGUAAAUCAGAACAGCGGCGUUUUGUAUGUGCACAAGAGAAUAGACAGAGAGGAAAUAUGUGAUGGGAAUACUGUUUGCAUUUUGAAUCUUAAAAUAGCAGUUGAAGAUCCUCUAGAGAUCCACUAUGUAGGGAUAGAGAUUACAGACAUAAAUGAUCACUCACCUACCUUUCCUGAGAAAGAGAAAAUACUCGAAAUAGCAGAAAAUAGGCUCACAGGAGCCCGUUUUCAACUGCAGGCUGCGCGUGAUCCUGAUAUAGGUAUCAAUUCGAUCCGACUGUAUAAAAUAAGUCAAAACGAACAUUUUGAAUUACAAGUCAGAGAAAGGGGAGAAGAGCAAAUCCCUUACCUCGUUUUACAGAAACAUUUGGACCGAGAGAAAAAGAGGGAGCACAAGAUAAUUCUCACUGCAACUGAUGGUGGGACUCCACCAAAGUCGGGGACUCUCAAUGUUACCAUAAUAGUUCUUGACUCAAAUGAUAACCCCCCAGUUUUUAGUCAAGAUGUUUAUUCGGUAACACUGCCAGAAAACACGGAACCUGGCGUCCUUAUACUGAAAGUGUCUUCAACGGAUUUAGAUGAAGGUCCUAAUGGCGAUAUAGCUUAUUCGUUUGGCAGUGAAGUAAACGCGAGAAUUCGCGAUAUAUUUAGUCUGGAAAAUAAAACGGGGGAAAUUCGAGUAAAAGGCUUUCUUGACUUCGAGGACACCGAUGUUUAUAAACUGGAUGUACAAGCAACCGAUAAAGGCCAGCCACCUUUAACUGGUGAAAGUGGGAUCAUCAUAAAAAUAUCGGAUGUUAACGAUAAUACACCUGAAAUAGAGAUAACGUCGCUCUCUAACGAGAUUUCCGAAGAUUCACAAACGGGGACUGUGAUUUCGUUGAUUAGUGUCACAGAUAAAGAUUCUGGUGGGAAUGGCAAAGUAAUCUGCCGCCUUAGUGACGACAUACCGUUUGAGUUAAAACCAUCUUUGCAGGACAACAUGUUUUCUUUAGUCACUAAAGGCCACUUAGAUAGAGAGCUUGUUUCUCAAUAUGACAUUAUCAUUACAGCAUCUGAUCUAGGCCAGCCUUCUUUGUCCUCUUUCAAAACUUUGAAAGUACAGGUGUCAGAUGUAAAUGACAAUAGACCACAGUUUUCAGUCAACUCCUUUGAUUUAUACCUUUUUGAAAAUAACGCCCCUGGAACAUCCAUAUUUUCUGUCCACGCAUUUGACCAAGAUAUAAAUGAAAAUGCUGCGAUCUCGUACCACAUUCUCAGAGGGGAUGGGACACAGAAUGACAUGACGUCAUUUCUAAACAUUAAUUCUGAAACAGGUGCUAUUCAUGCGCUCAGAAGUUUUGACUUUGAAUCACUGAAAACGUUCCAGUUCCACGUGCUCGCUACUGAUUCUGGAACUCCGUCUCUGAGCAGCAACGUCACAGUGAACGUGUUCAUUCUGGAUCAGAACGACAACGUUCCAGUGAUCUUAUAUCCAGUCAGCUCUAACGGAUCUGCUGAAGGUGUGGAGGAGAUUCCGCGCAAUGUGAACGCAGGACAUUUGGUGACUAAAGUGAGAGCCUAUGACGCAGAUAUAGGAUACAACGGCUGGUUGUUAUUUUCACUGCAGGAAGUGAGUGACCACAGUCUGUUUGGUUUGGACCGCUAUACAGGACAGAUAAGGACCCUUCGCUCAUUCACAGAAACAGACGAGACUCAGCAUAAACUGGUCAUACUGGUCAAAGACAAUGGCAACGUUUCACUUUCAGCAACAGCGACUGUGAUUAUCAAAGUUGUGGAGCCCAAAGAGGCUUUUGCAGCUUCUGAUGUUAAAAACACAUUAAAAGACGAAGAGGACAGUGACGUCACAUUUUAUCUGAUCACCACUCUGGGCUCAGUUUCAGUACUUUUUGUGAUCAGUAUCAUUGUGCUGAUUGUAAUGCAGUGCUCCAAAUCUACAGACUAUUCCUCCAAGUACUUACAAGAUACAAAUUAUGACGGGACACUGUGUCACAGCAUCCAGUACAGAUCAGGAGAUAAACGGUACAUGUUAGUUGGACCCAGAAUGAGUAUCGGUUCUACUAUUGUCCCGGGCAGUAAUGGGAAUACUCUAGUGGUACCAGAUCGCAGGAGGAGAACUUCUGGAGAGGUAGGAGUGGUUUUAAACUGUUUUUUUUUUUAUUUCAUUACAAAACACUCUUCCAAAAGGCUCAAGCGGGUUGACUUCGAGGUUGCGGAUAGUUCUCGCUGGGUUCAAUGCUGUCCAAGGUGCUGA